GCCAGUCCCGGCAUGCUCCGCGGCCACCGGCGGUCGAACGCAGAUGAGAGGAAUUUUUCCCGUGAGCAGCCCCGGCUCAGUUCAGCUGGUGUCCAGACUCGGGUCUGCAGGAGUGCCGCCUCCAAUCGUUUUCCUACCGCUCGCCCGUCAGUCUGAGCGCCCCCAGCCCUCCCGCGAGGGCGCCCCGGGACGGAAGGAUCCACCAGCCUGUCGGCGCCCGCCGCUCUCGUGGUCGCCGUCGCGGUCGUCGUCGUGGUAGUCUCUGCCGUCGCCUGGGCCAUGGCCAAUUACAUCCACGUCCCGCCCGGCUCCCCGGAGGUCCCCAAGCUGGACGUCACGGUUCAGGAUCAAGAGGAGCAGCGCUGCCGGGAGGGGGCCCUGAGACUCCUGCAACACCUGCGGCCGCACUGGGACCCUCAGGAGGUGACCCUGCAGCUUUUCACAGAUGGAAUCACAAAUAAACUUAUUGGCUGUUAUGUGGGUAAUACAAUGGAGGAUGUAGUCCUGGUGCGAAUUUAUGGCAAUAAGACUGAGUUGUUAGUCGAUCGAGAUGAGGAAGUGAAGAGUUUCCGAGUGUUACAGGCUCAUGGCUGUGCACCACAACUCUACUGUACCUUCAAUAAUGGACUGUGCUAUGAAUUUAUACAGGGAGAAGCGUUGGAUCCAAAGCAUGUCUGCAACCCUGCCAUUUUCAGGCUAAUAGCACGUCAGCUUGCUAAAAUUCAUGCUAUCCAUGCACAUAAUGGCUGGAUUCCCAAAUCUAAUCUUUGGCUAAAGAUGGGGAAGUAUUUCUCUCUCAUUCCCACAGGAUUUGUAGAUGAAGACCUUAAUAAAAGGUUCCUAAGUGAUAUCCCAAGCUCUCAGAUUCUUCAGGAAGAGAUGACUUGGAUGAAGGAGUUUCUUUCCAACCUGGGCUCACCUGUUGUGCUUUGCCAUAAUGACCUAUUGUGUAAGAAUAUAAUCUACAAUGAGAAACAAGGUGAUGUACAGUUCAUUGAUUAUGAAUAUUCUGGAUACAACUACGUGGCAUAUGAUAUCGGAAAUCAUUUCAAUGAAUUUGCAGGUGUGAGUGAUGUAGACUAUAGUCUCUAUCCAGAUAGAGAGCUUCAGGGCCAGUGGCUGCGUUCCUACCUUGAAGCCUACAAAGAGUAUAAGGGCUUUGGGAGUGAAGUUACUGAAAAGGAGGUAGAAGUACUCUUCAUUCAAGUCAAUCGGUUUGCGUUGGCUUCUCAUUUCUUUUGGGGACUGUGGGCUUUGAUUCAAGCCAAAUACUCCACUAUUGAGUUUGAUUUCCUUGGGUAUGCAAUUGUUCGUUUUAACCAAUACUUUAAAAUGAAGCCUGAGGUUAUUGCAUUACAAAUGCCUGAAUAAAGAAGUGAUUUAAUUAUUCUCAAGUACCUGAACAAUGCUUGUGAAUCUUUUCUUAAGAAAUUCAGAAAAGCCAAUACUUGUUAAAAUUCUGUUAUUUAAUUUGGUUAUCUUGCUUUAUAAAUUAUGCCUCUAAACAACCACAAUCUAUUUUUUAAAUAGACUGAAUGAUGUCAAAAAAUAUACCUACUGCUGUCAGUAUGUGGUGGAUUAGAAAUUUGUUAUAUCUGCAAAAAAGUAUAAAGAUGUCAGUUUAAUCUUUUCUUUGAUAAUCUAUGUUAUAUGUGAAUUAUUUAUUACAGUUGUAAAAUGAUUCUGUGACUGCUUUCAUCUGUCUUAAUGUAAGAAAUGAAAAUGGUCCAGAGAAAAAAUUUUUUUGUUUUACUUUAGUAAGGUUAAUUUUAGUAAACAUUCUAGGUGUUCAGUGUAACCUUUUUAUCUUGAUGCACUGCAAGUAAAAUGGAUCAUUUACUCUUGAAAUGCCAGACACUGAUCUAGAUAACUUAGGAUGUUCAUUGAAAAAUACCUGUUUAGGAGGAUAAAUACAUUCACUAUCUAUGCUAUAUAUUCACUAUACAUCUUUUUGAAUUGAAUAUUGGAAAGUUUCUUUUUGGGGAAUAUUUCUUAAUAUUAAAUUCCCCUAUCCCUACAUAGUCUGGCAGUAUAAAUAUUACUAUUUAAUGUAUAAUCCUGGAAUAGAUAUGAUGAUUUUGUUACCAAAAUCUGUAUCCAAUAAUGUUCUCAUAUACUAAAUGUGGUUAUUUACGUGUUAGUUUGUUUUUGAGAUUUUAGUAUAUCAAAUUGUUUCUAACCAAAAGUUUUGUUAUACCUUAGGAUGUUUUAUGUAUUUGUUUAUUAAAUAGCUCGUAGAACAAUUGCUAAUUUUGGAAAUAAGGAUAAAAUGUUUAUCACACUUGGGAACAAGAAAAUACAUUUCGACGAAUUCUUUUUACCCCUCCACCUUCAUUUCUUACAUUUUGGUUUCAUGUUUUAGUUGGGCUGCGUGUCUUUAGGAUGAUAGCAAAUGAUUACUUGAUUCAUGUAGGUUCAGAGAAAUAAGUUGAGGUGGUGAAAAGAAUUAAAUAAGGAACAUUUAAGGCAUUGAUCUUAUACACUUCAAGUCUGAUAAAACAAAAUGUGAAUUAAGCAGAAAUACUCAAGGUAGGAAAGUCUCCUGUUCUGAUUUCUCUUGAUUUUGUUUAAUUGUGUUUUUUAUUUUAUCUGGGAGUGUGAGGAUGGUAAUUAUCAUAUGGAAGGAAGUUAGAUCUUUGGGUUAAGUAGGCUUCAAGUUUUGAAGACUAUUGGGUGGAGUUGCGAAGUCAUGGUUGUCUUUACUUAGAAAAUUAGUCUGACAAGCUUUGCACUUUGGUCACAUAAGUGCCCAUGUACAAAGUUGGCUUAAUGGAUCUGCAUAUUCAGAAUAUGCAACUACAAAUUUAUCCUCUGAGAAAUCUUCUGGGAAGUCUGAUGUAUUAUUCCAAAUGACUUAAUAUUCUCAGAUAAAUGCUUUAAAAUACUUGGAUUAUCUCAAGAUGUUUAAAGCUAAUAAAGUAAAUAGAAACACUUAAAGGCCAUUUUAAAUGGUAAAUUCUAGUUACAUAAAUAGAAUCGUAAAAUCUGUUUGUAUCUAUAACAGUGUUAGACCAAGAUUUGUUUUCUACUUCCCCAUUGUUAUAAAUGUUCACUUCUGUUUUAUAAACCAUAUUACUGUAGGAUCAAUAGAAUUUUACCUAAUUGACUAAAUGAAUGGAACCAAUUAAACAAUUAAUAGUUUUUUUUAUAUAAUUUAAAGUGAACUUGAAAAUUUGUGUUUUGGGGAACUUUCAUUUGUGGUUGAAAUAUUUUCUUAGAAUGAUGAAGAAUAUGUAACACUCUUGAUUUUUUUUUUUUUUUCUUUUCAACUUCUUAAGGUGCAACAGUAUGUAUUUUGGAGAACUGUGGGAGGAGAGAUCAGUUUUCUUCCUUACUCCAUAUUCUUCAAACUAUUUUGAAUAGAGAUUCACUGAGCCAUUGUUGGUAGACUGUGUAUAGCUGCUAACUGUGACACUAUUAUAAACAUUUCAGAGAGAUUCAUAUAGAAGUAAAUGUAAAGGGGAAUGAAGGUUCUCACUUUAGCCCUAGGAGUUUGCAUUGGGUGUUGGGAACAAAAUCAGAUAUUUAAGAUAUUUCCCCCACUCUUUGGCUAGAUUUUGGGUGUUGUGAUGCUCCCACUUCUGUAUUGGUUUUUGGGAUCAUGCUGCAGGCUAAUAAUAGGGUUCAAAAUUGCUUCCCUUUUUAUUGACCAUUUAAGGGAUUCUCAAGGAAAAACAUCUCUCUAAAAUUUAUCCUGUGGCUUGUAGAGAUGACUGUUGCCUUUUUAUGUUAAGCUAACGAACUUGAAUGCCUUACCUAAUAACUCAACUUGUAAGCUCACUUUGUAAAUAUAGAAAUGGUUGUUAGAGAAGUGGCAUUCAUGUGUACUCAUUGUUAGUCAAUAGACCAUAGUGGCCUGGAUGCUUUAACAAGCAAAAUUCCAAAACUUUUCUUCCUUUGUUCCUUACACACUUGUAAGGUCUUACCUGACCAGUAGCAUUUGAUUUCCCCCUCUCCCCAUACUACCACCCUUUUCUGGAAAUCAAAUGUGGUAGUAAAUCAUACUGUUCACAUGAUCAUUUGAGAUCAAUAUGAGCACAAAACUCAUCAACUAGGUUUGCCUGGAAUGUAUAUAAAACUGUAAAUAAAAAUUUGUAAAUUAGUGUGAAUUGUAUCUUGCAUAUGAGAUUGUGUAUUGUUUGUCAUUCUUUUUCCUUUUGUAGAAAUUUUUCUGUAAGGAAAUGAUCCAGUUCUUUGGUUUUAGACUGGAAAUAGUCAACAGAUCUAGCUGCACAGUGGGAUAACAAGAGGAACUGGAAAUAGGGUCUAACAGUUUUUGUUAAUGUCAGUACUUCUUUAUUUAGCCUCUCAGUGCCUAAUAUGACUUUUCUUCAUUCUUUAGUUGUCCAUUAGUUUUUGUGAGGUUAGAUUCCUGCAAGCGAUUAAUAUACUUUUAGAGCUCCUUUCUUUGACUCAUGAUUCUAAGCUAAAGCAAAUUAAAAAUAUAAUUUAAUGAUUGCAAACUGAAGUAUUAUCCUUUUCCAUCCUUAAGGUUUUUAACCCUUUUCUACAAAAAAACUUUGAAAUAUUAGAUAUCUCAAUAUGAAUCUAAAUUUUAUAUAUACAAGAGAUAUGAUAAAUAAUAGCUCUUCACCUUAAGCAUAUCUCUAAAUAUAAAGUUGUUCGUUAUGGGAUUGUAAAAGACAGAAAAGACAUAAGUAAUCUUUUAAUGACUGAUAUUUCUGUUUUUGCUGGACUAAAAAUAUUUAUUUUAACUUCAUAAAUAUGUUACUGAAGUUUCCAGAUUUAAAGAAAAAAAUUUCCCCCAGACACUCUAAAUUACAAAUUAAAAAAACCCCACUUUAAUAAUUAUAUAGAUAUUUCUUUUGUACAUUACACAAAGCCUUCUGUACCAGUUUUAAUUCUUUCAUAAUAUAAAUGAGAAUACUUUUAGUUUGGUUUCUGCUUUAAAUUGCCUUCAAGCAUUUCAUACUGCAUUCCAAAGUGAUAUAGACUUAAGGUUUUAAUAUUAAUCAGUCAUUCAGUUGAUAGACGAAGUUAACAAUGCUUUAUGCUAGGAGCAGAGUUUUGUUACUGGCAGCAACUUGCACUUACUUUACACAAAAGGCAAACUCGAGUAAUCGUUAUGCACAGCGGAAAAGGGAAUUCUGAGUAUGUGGUGAAGCAGCUUUCUCUCUCUUUCAAAAUUGAUUUGUUCUUAGUUUUCUUUAGUUCAUUAGAUUUGAGAAUGUCCUUUGACUGGAAACUUAGUUACAUAUUAAGGCAGCCUGUUUUGUUUUUGUUUCUUUUUCUUUUUUUUUUUUUUUUUAAAGAAACAUUAGUUUUAUUGAACUGCCUUUUUUUCCUUCUUAACUACCACCUCUGUGAUUACAGUGUUAUGUCUUUGGUUUGGUGUCUUUAGACAGAAUAGCAUAUCAGUUAUUUUAAAUGAGUUGUUCCUGUCUUUAAAGAUUAGUCUGUAAAAUGCUUCCAUUUGCAUUCCUUAAAUACUUGAAAACUGAAAUGAAUAAAAUACAUUACAUAAUAAAUCAGAUUUUUCUGAACAGUUUUUACACUAAAUUUUUAAAUUUCUGGAUCAUAAUUUGAAAUGGACAGAGGAUUUCAACUAUUUGAAUGGAAAAAAUGAUGAUAGUUCUUAUAGAAAAUACCUUUUGUGUUGGAGACAUCCAAAAUUAAAGUUUUUGUUAGGUUUCUAUCCUGAAAUCUGCUUUUUCUUCCCUGUGUGCUUACUAUGCUACUGAUGUUAUCAGACAGCAGGUUAAAUAAAAUAAAAUAUUUUAAUUAUGAAUCCAGUAGCUUUUUCUAGUUAUGAACAAUUUGUGUAAAGUACUCGAACCCUAAAUGUAGGCAUAUUUUUGUUUACAUUUUACCCAUUAAUGGUAUAAAUGUCAUUAAUCAUUUUAACAAAACACUUAAAGAAGUUUAUAAAAAUUGAAAACAUUACAUAUUGUAUUUGGACUAGUUAGUGAAGGGUAAGAAAAGGCUGACUGAUUUAAAUUGUUCCAUUAGUUAAAUUUAAACACUCUUAAAGGAACUUUCAAAGAUAGGUUGAGACCUGAUGGUAUCCAUGUAAAUUCACUCCUGCGACCUGGAAAAGAUCCCCCAAAAGCAGUGGGUGGGAUCAGAGUAUUUACUUGACAUGGUCGUGGUGUGCUGCUACUUCAAUUUAGGUAAUGACACACUGACAUUUUUACUGUCCAUUAAUUUGAAGUUUCCUGUUAUUUGUACUAAAGUAACUAUAAAUUGGUAGAAUCUGCAAAGAGGAAAAAUUUUAACUGUGCUGUAUGUAGGAGCUUUUGUACAGCUGAGUGAAGUUUCCAUGAUAUAAAGUAUUUGAAUUUUAAAAUAUACUACUAUCAUAGAAGGAAGACAUGACAUUAUUCCAUGUUCUUAAAUGAUAAUAUUCUUAUUCCGUUUCAGAAGGAAAAAAAUACAAAAUGAAUAAUUGUCAUUGCAUUAGUUGUAUGUUGAAUUGGGGAAUUGGGGCAUAAAGCUUAAAUUUGUGUUGAUCAAAUGUGAACCAUAGUAGUAUAAUGCUGCUUUGUAUAUACUGUAAGUGCUACAAAUAGUCUCAGCACUGAAAAUGUAUUGAUACCUCUCAAAUGAAUGCAACUUUUGACGUAGUUGUUUUGAUAUGCCUCAGAAAGUAUCUGAGUGUCUGAGAACUUGUUAAUCUGUCUGGUAAUGAAGAUACUUCCUGUUUUUUGUUGCAUAUUUUCAUGUUUAAAAUUUAAUUUUUACAUUUUUCCUACUGUUAAUUUAAGUAAAAUUUGUUCUAUGGAUAAAAUGGGGUUGCCAGUGAAGAAAAUUAAAAAACAGCCUCAUUCAUGUAACUGCUUAAGUAAAAAUACAUUUUUCUCUAUGUUCAUAAACUUUUAAUGAAACUGUAUUUCUGUUUAAAUAUAAGUGAUGUUUAGGCUUUAUUUUUGUUUAGUAAGGCCAUUUACCAUUGAUUAAAUGAAGGAAUGUAUCUUUUUGAAGAGAUUUAUAUUCUGUAAAUAAAAAAUUGGUUGUAACAAUAAAGUUGGGUUCUAACUGCAGUGUA